UCAAUUUAAAAAUACUUUCCAAAUUUCCGUUACUUUCACAGUUCCUAAAAAAAUGAUGUGAUGCUUCUUCACUAUGUCUAGAAAUCUUGCUCUUCCCAAACCAUUAUCGAUCUUUUCCCGAAUCACUUCAUCCACAAAGAUUCAAACUUUAACUCUCCAACCAUUAAAAGAUGACGACUUGAACAUCCAUAACAAUAUCUUUAACACCACCUUCAAUCACGAACAUUUCUACACAUCACUUCUCGACAGAUCAACUUGCAGGAGACACCUAAAUCAAAUUCAUUCCCAGAUAACCCUUACUGGGUUUCAAUUCAAUGGGUUUAUUAUCACAAAAUUCAUCCACGUGGCAUCGAAUUUAGGCGAGAUUUUGUAUGCACGCCAGGUGUUCGAUGAAUUUCCUGAACCAUAUGUGUUUUUGUGGAACGCUAUUAUUCGUGGAUACUCGAAACAAAACAAGUUUAGUGAAGGUAUUGCGAUGUAUAACCGAAUGCAAAACACGGGUGUCGGGCCAGAUUGCUUCACACUGCCUCAUGUUCUUAAGGCGUGUGGAGGAGCUGCUGCGUUUGAGGUUGGUCGGGCGGUUCAUGGGCAGAUAUUUAGGCGUGGGUUUGAAGGGGAUGGGUUUGUGCAGAAUGGGCUUGUUGCGGCUUAUGCGAAAUGUGGGAGAAUUGAUAACGCGAGAAGUGUGUUUGACGGGUUGGGUGAUCGGACUGUUGUGUCGUGGACUAGUAUUAUUUCGGCGUAUGCUCAGAAUGGAGAGCCGAUUGAAGCGUUAAGAAUUUUUAAAAAGAUGAGGAGUUGUGGUUUGCAACCGGAUUGGAUUACAUUGGUUAGUGUUAUUAGCGCGUAUGCUGACGUAGAGGAUGUUGGACAAGGCAAAUCUUCACAUUCUUGUGUGAUCAAGAUGGGACUCGAGUCUGAACCUGACUUGCGUAUUGCACUCAUUACAUUGUACGCAAAAUGUGGGAAUGUAAUGAUUGCAAAGUCUUUGUUUGAUGAAACGGAGACUUGUAACGUGAUCAUGUGGAACACCAUGAUAUCCGGUUUUGCGAAAAACGGUUGCUGUAACGAAGCUAUUAUACUUUUCGAACAAAUGUUGUUGAGAAACUUAAAACCAGAUUCCGUUACAGUCUGCUCUACGAUCUUGGCUUGUGCCCAACUGGGAUCACUCGAAGAAGCAAGAAAAAUGGGUGAUUACAUCGACAAAAGCGAGUAUAAACACGACGUUUUCGUCAACAGUGCACUUAUCGACAUGUAUGCAAAAUGCGGAAGUGUAGAGUUAGCCCGCAAAGUUUUCGAUCAAACGAAAACCAAAGACAUUGUUGUUUGGAGUUCGAUGAUUGUCGGAUACGGCUUACAUGGUAAAGCGCGUGAAGCGAUCAACCUUUUCGACUCGAUGAAGCAAGCUGGGGUGGGACCGAAUGAUGUCACCUUUAUCGGGCUUCUUACGGCAUGCAAUCACGCUGGACUUGUAGAAGACGGUUGGAGAAUAUUCAACAGUAUGAAAGACUAUAACAUCGAACCGCGCCAUCAACAUUACGCUUGUGUGGUCGAUCUUCUCGGUCGCGCAGGGUGUCUGGACCGCGCUUAUGAUUUUAUCAAAAAGAUGCCGAUCGACCCCGGCGUGUCGGUAUGGGGAGCCCUUUUGAGCGCGAGUAGGAUAUAUCGCCACGUGGCACUAGGAGAAUAUUCAGCGCAACACCUUUUCUUGUUAGACCCGUACAACACCGGGCAUUACGUACAGCUGUCGAAUCUUUACGCUUCGGUUCGCAUGUGGAGUGGGGUAGCGCGGGUUCGCGUGUUAAUGAAGGAAAAAGGAUUAGCGAAAGAUAUGGGGUGUAGUAUGAUAGAAAUUAACGGGAAGCUUCAUGUUUUCCGUAUGGGUGACAUGUCGCAUCCAAGAUCUGAUGAAAUAUUUAAGGAACAUAAGAGGUUAGAUACGAGGUUGAAAGAGGCGGGGCUUGUAGCGGAUACGGAAUCGGCUUUGCAUGAUUUGAGUUACGAAGAUAAGGAAGAGAGUAUUUGUAAUCAUAGUGAAAGAUUGGCGAUUGUUUAUGGGCUUAUGAGUACUCCUGCUGGAAGUAUACUUAGGGUAACUAAGAAUUUACGUGCCUGUGUGAAUUGUCAUGCUGCGAUAAAACUUAUAUCGAGAAUUGAAAACCGGGAGAUAGUUGUUAGAGAUGCUAAUCGGUUUCAUCAUUUUAAGAAUGGAGAGUGUUCUUGUGGAGAUUAUUGGUGAGAGGAAUAUGGUUGACUACAUCAUGGUUGACUACACCAUGGUCAAGUUGCGUGCUACAGUCUCCUGUAAACACACCGCUAGAGAAGAACUGGAAGUUGGACCCACUAGCACCAGAGAUGGGCUGAGUAACCACAGCUUUUUACAUUGCACUUUCACUAUUAGCAAGCAGGAACAUCUUCUGUUGUGGCAUCAACUCUUUUGCGGGUAGUUGCUCUCUAUAGUGAGCCCUUUAUUAUUUGCAAUGAAAUCAAAGUCAUUGUAUAAAGCCACCCUCACAUCCCUGAUCUACUAGCGGCAUUGUUCACGCACCCUUGUUCAGAUAGGCGCUAAUUAACCUGUCUUUAGUUGUUAUUCUUUCCAUAGAUCAACAUCCUACAUGCCAUCACAAAAUACUGAGAUGUCAUAUCAUAUGGAAUGUGGUUUGUUGAGAAGCUUAUCUUA